CCGAAGCACAAACUUGUGUUGAAGGGUGGAUUUCAGAGAGCCCAAAAAUGGCUGCUCUCCAGUUCUUCAAGUGUUACAAACCCUUGUUCCGAAUUCAAUCUCGAAAAAUCUUCAUCACCAGUGGCAGUAUAACUAAUAAGAAUUUCCAGAAAACCAGUAGGAAUAUAGUUAGGCUUCUUUGUUCUUCUUCCACAUCGCUGGGGCAGUCGACCUCUACGAAAACCAACGCCUAUGGUGAGGAUGAAAAGAAAUCGAAAGAGCAGCAAUUGUGGUUGUAUAAUACGAUGACCAAAGAGAAGGAAUUGUUUAAACCUAAGGUGGAUGGUAAAGUUGGAAUGUAUGUUUGUGGUGUUACUGCUUAUGAUCUUAGCCACAUUGGUCAUGCUAGGGUUUACGUUUCCUUCGAUAUCCUAUUCAGAUACCUACGAUUCAUGGGAUAUGAAGUGAACUAUGUUCGAAAUUUUACUGAUGUUGAUGAUAAGAUAAUUGCUCGAGCAGGUGAAUUGGGAGAAGAUCCACUUAGUUUAAGCAGACGAUUUUGUGAAGAAUUUCAUCUAGACAUGGAAUAUCUUCAUUGCUUGCCUCCUACUGUUGAACCCCGUGUUUCUGAUCACAUGCCCCAAAUCAUUGAUAUGAUAAAGCAGAUUCUUGAUAAUGGACGUGCAUACAGAGUUGAAGGUGAUGUAUACUUUUCAGUUGAUGAGUUUCCUGAAUAUGGAAGACUUUCUGGAAGGAAGUUGGAAGAUAAUAGAGCUGGUGAACGUGUGGCAGUUGACUCCAGGAAAAGAAAUCCAGCUGAUUUUGCUCUAUGGAAAUCUGCAAAAGAGGGUGAGCCAUUUUGGGAGAGUCCAUGGGGAGCUGGAAGACCUGGGUGGCAUAUUGAGUGUAGUGCAAUGAGUGCUACUUAUUUAGGUUACUCAUUUGAUAUUCAUGGUGGUGGAAUGGACCUUAUUUUUCCUCACCAUGAAAAUGAAAUUGCUCAAAGCUGUUCAGCAUGUCACAAAAGCAACAUAAGUUACUGGAUACACAAUGGAUUUGUCACCAUUGAUUCACAGAAAAUGUCAAAAUCUCUUGGUAACUUUUUCACAAUUCGCCAGGUUAUAGAACUGUAUCAUCCAUUGGCAUUGAGACUUUUUCUGAUUGGGACCCACUAUCGAUCCCCUAUCAACUACUCUGAUGUCCAGCUGGAAACUGCUUCUGAUCGUGCCUAUUACAUAUAUCAGACAUUGAAAGAUUGUGAAGAGGUUGUAGGGAAAGAAGAGGUUGAGGAAGAGAAUAUAAGAUUAGGAGCAGACAUUGUUGAAUGCAUAAAAAGUUUUAAUGAUGUUUUUGUUACUUCAAUGUCUGAGGAUCUUCACUCUCCUGUUGUCCUGUCUGCAAUGUCUGACCCUUUGAAAACAGCAAAUGAUCUUUUACAUACUCGUAAGGGAAAGAAACAAGGGACACGAAAACAAUCACUUGCUGCUAUAGAGAAGAGUAUCAGGAAUGUCCUCAACAUUCUAGGGCUCAUGCCACCCACUUACCAUCAGGUUUUACAGGAGCUUAGGGAAAAGGCACUGAAGCGUGCAAAAAUAACAGAAGAAGAAGUUGUUGAAAAAAUCCAUGAAAGGAAUGCAGCAAGAAAGAACAAAGAGUAUGAACGAUCGGAUGGAAUCAGAAAAGAUUUGGCUGCAAUUGGAAUCGCACUCAUGGAUAGCCCCGAGGGGACUACCUGGAGACCCGCGAUUCCGCUUGCAAUGCAAGAACAGUAUGUUCCGGAAUCAUGAUUCCGUAGCAUCACGGAAUCAUGAUUCCGUCUUAUCGCAUAAAGCUGAUUUUUGAGAUGAGGUUAUAUUAUUUACAAGAUGUGGUCAUGUAAUUGUACAAAAUAUUAAAGGUGACUGAAUGGAGUGAAAUUAAUUACUUUAUUUUUAUAUACAUAUAUAAAAGCAAUCUAAAU